AUGAGAGGAAAGAGGUCAAAACAAUACCGGAAGCUCAUGGAGCAAUUCUCCCAGACUUUCGGCUUCCGCGAACCCUACCAGGUCCUAGUCGAUGCGGAAAUGGUUAGAGAUUCUUCCAAGUGUAAGAUGGAUCUUGAGCCUGCCCUCUCAAGGACUGUCCACGGCAAAGUCAAGCCCAUGAUCACUCAAUGCGAAAUCCGUAAGCUCUACGCAGCUCGAAACGAUCCAGGCGCACACGAGGCUAUCGAUCUGGCCAAGACCCUGGAACGACGACGAUGCGGCCAUCACCCCAACGAAUACCCCGAGCCCCUGAGCACUCAAGACUGUCUUCGAUCAGUCGUCGACCCGAAGGAUACGCUUCAAAACAAGCAUCGCUACGUAGUUGCCAGCCAGGAUCAGGAGGUACGAAAGAUGCUACGAGGCAUCAGAGGAGUUCCCCUCAUCUAUAUCAAGAGGAGUGUCAUGAUUCUCGAACCUAUGGCCGAUGAGAGCGUCCAGGUGCGAGCGAAGGAAGAGCGAAGCAAGUUCCGAGCAGAGAUCAAGAACACUAUCGGCAAGCGAAAGCGAGAGGAUGCAGGCGACGACGCUGAAAAGGCCGAAAAGAAGGUCGACGAGACUACUGAAGACCAAAAGAAGAAAAAGAAGAAGGGACAUGGCCCCAAGGGACCCAAUCCUUUAGCGGUUCAAAAAGCGAAAAAGCCAAAGACUGAAGGAAAGCAAUCUCAGAAAGAGGAAGCGUCCGAGGCCCAAGAAAACCCACAAGAAGGCACCGGCAAGCGAAAGAGGCGGAGACGGAACAAGACUGCCACGGCGACGGAAGACGGCGACGGAGCGGAUACUGCUGCUGCCGAAGUGAUCACAGCGGAAGCCUGA